GGUCUGUCUAACGGCUCUGAGGGCAGAGAGGCGCGUGAGCAGAGGGUUCAAACCCCCCCUCUCCCCCCUCCUCUCCCCCCCGGGGUUUGGUCUCAGGCCCCGGCUCUGGGGUUGCGUUCGGCGGCGGUUUGGGUUUAAAAUUGCCGUCGCCGUUCCGCCGACUCACGAUGGUGAAAUGGCGGCUACAGCGUUCCUAACAACGGGCCGCGUUUACAUUGUGUGCAGAAGAAACUCAGAUAAACCAAACUGAACAGCACAAUAAUGCCCGAGAAAACUAAACGUGGCCGAAAGCCUUACCUCACACCGUCUGAAGCAAAAAGGCGCCGUUUGGAACGUUACAGGGAGAGAAGAAAGCGCUACAUUAAUUUAGGUGCUGAAGUUGAAAAGUGGCGUCAGUUGAAGGAGGAAUUGAAUAUACCCAGUGAUGAGAAUCUCGCUAAAAUCCUUAUGGAUUACUACAGAUGUGAUGGUGUUUCUCUGUUAGAUACAGCUUCAAAGGCAAGACAAACUACUGUCGAUAAAGGAAAUGAUGAUAGCACAUCCACAUGCACAUCAAUAAAUGAGAGCGGACAGCCACUGCGUUCCACAACGCUGAACAAAUUACCUGAAAAGAAGAUUCCACAAAUAGAUUCCCCAGCUGGAUUAUCUAUUGAACAUUAUGAUACAGAAACAGAUUCCACUGAAGAUAGUGUGGAGUCUGCUGAAGAAUUUGUAGAAAUGACUAGUUGUCUUGGACCAAACAAUUUUGUAGGGACUGGGCUAAAGAACAGUGCAGUUGAGGAAGAAGUUUUAAACUUUGAGGAAGAUCACCCAGAUGAAAAUCUUUGUGGAGUAGAGGAACCUGUGCCAAUCUCCAGUAAUGCACGGUUAGACAAGAAUAUACACGCGAUGAGGACGGGCAUUGUGUUUGACGCUUGCCUUAUGUCCUUGGCCAGAAAAGCAUUCAAGCAAUGCGAGUGGCGCAACUGCAACAGCGAAUUGGAUCUGGAACUGAAAGUGGUGGCAACGGCAAUGAAGAUCAUAACUCGGUGUCGCAGUGGCCACAAGUCUGUCUGGUGGUCACAGCCGUUGCUGAAAGAAAUCCCUGCCGGUAACUUUCAAUUGGCAUCGAGUAUAGUUUUAUCAGGAAAUAACUACCGUAAAAUCGCGCUCAUGUUGAAGUUCAUGAACAUGGUUCCCAUCGGACAUCAUUCAUUCCUCCAAAUCCAGAGGUUAUAUGUUUUACCAUCAGUUAGCGACUAUUGGAAGAAAAUGCAGAUGGAUAUUUAUAAAGAGAUCACAGAUCCUAUCGUAGUUUUGGCCGAGGGUUUCAACAAUAACUCUGCUUUUCCUGAAAAAUAUUUUACCUACACAAUGAUGGACAAUUUCACCCAGAAAGUUCUUGAAGUUCAAGUCAUCAAUGUCAAAGCAAAAAAGAUGAACAAUUCGAGAAAUAUUGAGAGUUUAUGGUUUCAAAAUGCUCUUGAAUCUUUGACACGGAAUAACAUAUGUGUUUCUGAGGCGGUUACUGAACCCAAUGCAGAGAUUUUGUCAUUAAUGAAACUGAAAUUCCCACACAUUCUUCACCAAAUGGACAUCUGGCACGGCAUUGAAGCUAUUAAUAAGAAAUUAGAAAAGCUAAUAACUAACAAGGUUAACCAAAAUCUGCAGCCAUGGAUAGUGGAUAUUCUAAACCAUUUCAAGUACUGUUGUGAGCAUAGCAACGAUGAUGCCAAUAUCUUGAUGUCUCGUUGGCGCAGUUUUCUGCACCACGUUGUGAACGUGCACGAGUGGCAGCUUGGCGAUGGAGUCACUGGAACAUCAUGCGAACACAAAUCUCUUACAACUGAAGGUAGUGCUGCCAAGAAGUGGAUCAAAGCGGGUUCAGCAGCACACACGGCCCUAAGGGAGGUGAUUUAUGACAAGUGGCUCGUCUCCCACCUGAAUUACUUCAUCCGCGCGAGGGUAGCAAAUGAACUGGAAUCCUUUAAUGAUCAUAUUCAGAUGUAUAUUGGAAAGAACUUCAAAUAUGAAUACGAUGGAUACAAGAUACGGAAUUUGCUUGCAGUAAUUGAUUAUAAUUCACACGUUAACCGUGAAUACCAACGAAACGCUGAUGGUGAAAUAAUCUACUGCCGAAUGUAUUCAAAACGCACAAAGCACUACAGAGCUAUACCCACAAAAGUCCAGAAGCACUACCGCUACAUCCAGCAGCUGAUGAAAGACCUGUUCACCCGGCCCUUACGUGAUACCACAAGUAAACCAGAGGCAACAACAGUCACUUCCAAGCAAUACCAUAAAAAUGUAAAAUCAAAACCAUCACCAGCUUCAAUCACAACUAACAUUUAUCAGCUAUGUAAAUUGUCAAACCGGCAGAUAAUGUGAGGGUCCUCAAGGUAGUAGUGCAUUUUAUGCAGGACUGUUAUAUCUGUUUGAAUUAUUUUCAUGGUUUUUUUGCCUUCAAAUUGGAAGAAGGAAGAAUCUCAAGGUAAGGACCACUUUUAGAAAAAGGAAACCACGUUAUCAGUACUUUUCAUAGAAUUAAGCGGUAGGAAAGAAAUCAAAUCAACAUCCUUUAGUUCUGUCUAUUUAAUUUUCCUCAGGUUCUGCUAUUCAUAUGAACUGGGUUGUUGACUAACCUAAUUGCUAAAGGGAUAGAAUUCCGAUAAGUGGAGGUAGUACUACAAUAGAAUACAAAAUUACAUUUGUAAAGUGCCUUUCACGUCGGGAGAACGUGCCAAGGUGCUGAAUAAGGUUCUACCUCCCUGAUCCAUCACCCGAGCAGGGUGGGGGGGUGGUGGAUCAGGGAGGUAGAAGGCUGGCCG